AUGCCAGCAAUAUAUUGCGGAAACAUUUUACGAAAAAAUGUACUCGUCAUUAUCAAAGUGCUUGUUGUCAUGUGCCCUUGUCUCAUGUUCUGGACUUGGUUCACAACCGGACCGAAACGCAUCGCCGUGGAACCGUUUUUUGUUCUACCGAGCACAUCCGAGAACGCGUGGCAUGCUUUACCCGAUCUCUCAUCACUAGACUGGCCAGAACCACCAUGUGCUCCCCUACCAACCGGACGACAAUAUCCUAACGGCACCUUUUACCCACUGCCUAAAGCAUUUGAACCGGUAAUGAGUUGCGGUCAACGCAAUCUGUCCAAACGCUUGCUCAAACUGUUCUCCAAGGUCAUGUUCAAAAAUCGAUUGGGUGAUCGAUUUAUGCUGAACGGUGGCACACUGGUCGGAUCGUUUCAGCAUCAUGAUAUUGUGCCUUGGGAUGAUGAUGUGGAUGUGUUAGUGGACAUCCGUGUUCGUGAUACUGUGCGAAAAUUGUUGAAAGCACUGGGGCCGGAUUAUCGAUUGGCAACAAAUCCACAACACGAUAAACUGUACACCCGUUUAGUUCGUAACAAUUCACUCGUGCAGUUGGACAUUGAACUCAGUCGUCAUUCAUCCAGAUACAACUGGGGUUGGCCUUACUUGGAUAUUGGAUAUUUUAUUUCGAACCACACACACAUUUGGGACGUUGCAAACGAGAAAGAAAGUCAAAAACGUUUGCUCAAAGAUCUCAUAUUUCCACUCAUGUUUCGACCGUUAGGAUUGGACUGGUAUCCCUCACCGUACAACACGUUAGGGUAUAUAAGACAGGUGUAUGGUAAAAGCGGUGGUUGUGCUGUGUUCGGUUACUCCCAUGUGAAUGAAGGUGCCGGUCCUUGGGGAUACACUUCUUGUUGGUCACUCGGGAAACGAUACGCAUUUGUGAACCAUCGUCUACAAAUGCCGAGUCAAGGUGUAAUUCGGGAGUCCAAAUGGAGAGAUUUAUUCACAGUUGGGGAGGAACAGUUACAAUUUCGCACUCGUACUGGUCCGAGAACGGUACAUUCUCUGAUUAUGCCGACACUUUUGAAUAUGUCAGACGUGAAUAUGUAUUCUUUCGUGGAUCGUGAGGCUUAG